AUGUGUUCCAGUCGGGGUAUAUGCGGCGAAAACAACCGCUCCAGAUCCUCUAGAUCAGAGAGUUCCGGAUCAGGCGCUCACUAUGCUCUGUGCGCUCUGGGGGUGGGGCUCAUCGCUCUGGGAAUUGUCAUGAUUGUGUGGACUGUGAUCCCAAUGGAUGGAGAAGCAUCGGGAGGUUCCUCCAAUUCAUCCGGCAACUCCACCAACGUACCUGGUGGUACUGAUGAUGAUGAUGAGGAUGAGAACGACCGAACAAAGUCUUCAUCCGUGGCGAUGGUGCUGGUUGGAGUAGGGGUGGCCAUGUUGCUUUUAUCCAUUUGUCUUGGUGUGAGGAACAAGAGAAGAGCGAGAAACAGGAGUAACCAGCCAGCCGCCACAGGAGGCCCCUUCAUGGACCAUAUACCAGGGGAGCAAGAGGAGUACGUACAGGCUUUUUGUCCCUGUUGGCUUUCCCUAUUCUUCGUUUUAUCACAUUCUUCGGGUUUUACUCCCAAUUUUAAACUUAAAACUCUUGAUAUUCUUCACCUUAGUGUUAUCUGGUUAUCACUGGAGUACUAGAUUUUAAUACAACCAAAAGACUUUUUUAUUUGUGAUAAUCUUAAACAUUUACAGACUGAACCUCGCUGCCCUAAACAGCAGAAUUUUUUAUUUUUUCUACUUUUAUUUAACCGGGUAAAAUCCCAUUGAAAUCAUGAUCUCAUUUACAAGGGCAACCUAACCAAGAGGUCAGCAGCACACGUCAUAAUAAAUGCAAUAAAUAUAAGGGAACAAACAUCAAAGUCACGGUUAAAGUGCAACAAACAUUUUGGGACAAUUACAAUUUAAAAACACAGACAUUGUUCAUGGGAUUCUCGUUGACAUAUAGCAGAUAGCAUCUCUCCUUUUAGUGGAUCAGUUAGCUAGCCAAAAAGGCGGGCACUUCUCUGGGGUGUUGCUGAGACAAAAAAUUGAGCUAAAUACAAAUUUUGUUGCAUACACAUUUCAAAAGGGAAACAAGAAACUGAACAUGCACUGAUAAAUCAGCAGGCCGAUUGAUUGGCGCCGAUUUCCUCAACUUCGGGGGAUCGGUGAUCGGCUGAUCCUUACAUAUGAAAAUGAUUUUAUCCACUAAUCUAAUCUACCUCAGCAAAGGUCUGAAAGUCAGCCGUUGUAGCUUUUUGCUUUGCCAGAAUGACAGGCCUGCUCACCAGGUCACGUGUCAACAGUCAUCCAGCGCAUGAUCAACCAAGCAUGUUGAACCCACUACUAGGAAACCUAAAACUCAGGACAGUUUAUUGGUGGUUUAAGUCGUGUUGUUGGUUUGUCCUGUAGGUUAUUGUUUUACUAACUUCUUCAAACCUUCUGAUUUCCUUUAUUUGUAAAAGCAAAAUACUGCUGUGCACUUUAUUUUGGUAAGAGGCUCAAAACAGGCCGGCAGUGUGACCUGUUGCGCAAGUAUUGUUAAUUUUUAAAAUGUGGAAAAUAAAAGACUAAAAGAACUGAUAUAAUUUGGUAGUUUGGACAGCAAUAUUAUAAACUUUUCAUUCAUAUUUGAGAGAACUAACUUAUGUGCAGUUAAAACAAACACAAAAAGGUAUUGUUCAAUGUUUUUCAUUAAAGUAAGAUUGGAGCAUCAAAGGUGAAUGUUGUCAGUUAUAAAACAAAAAAAAAUUUGUAUCAGUAACAUUACUCCAGGUGUUUCAGAUAUAAUCACGUUCUUUCAUACUGUAUUUUCUCACUCUUGCGUCCUUCUGCAGUGUUCCAGACCCAUCCACAUACAACGUACCAACCUACGAGGAGGCCGUCGGCAGUGGAAACUACCCCGUCCGCCAGAGCAAUCUCCGCCAAAGCACCUCCCAGCUGCCAUCCUACGAGGACAUCAUAGCCGCCGUUGAAAACGAGGGAGCAGAGCCCUCUAAUAACCCCACCGAGGAGACCCCGCUCAAUGAUCCCACACCCGCCUCCCCUCAGCCCGCCGCAGAGCCUCAGCCUGACCAUCCUGCCCUCGCUCCAAACCCCAGCCUGCCCACCCGCAGCAGCAGCCGAGCCAGCCGUUUGCUGCGACCCCUCCGAGUCAGGAGGAUCAAGUCGGACAAACUGCACCUGAAGGACUUCCGCCUCCAAAUCCGCAGCCCCACGCAGAAUCCAGUGACCAUUGAACCCAUCACUCCUCCGCCGCAGUAUGAAAACAAGAUGCCUGAAUUAGGGUAG